AUGCGCGGGGCGGCCCCCGAACCUGCGGAGGUGGCAGAUGAGGGGACCCCGGCGAGAAGGGAGGGAAGGGAAGCGGCCUGCCUGCCAGCCCCCAGGCACUCUCCGGCGGCUCCUGCUGCCCAGAGUCCACCGCUCCGGGAGACGAUUUCCCAGCGCACCCGACCGCCGCACCCCCGCUCCCCGUCUGUGCGGGCAGAUGCGGGUCGGGACCGGCUGAGCCGGCGAACGCGAGGCCAGCAGGCUGCGGCGCUCACCGCGGGGCGCGGAGGGGUCGGGGGUGGCGCGCGGCGCAGAUGGCGCUCGCCGCGAGAUGGAUGCUGCGGAGCUGGCAGUCACUCCCGGCUCACACGGCAUCCCGGGGCUGCGCUGCUGCCGGAUCCCACCGCCGGGAGCCUGGGCUGGGAAGGGGCUCCUAUGCGGCAGCCCCAAGCGCCGGCGUGCCGGCCCAACAAGUCCCAGCCCCCGGAGGCUGGGCGGGGCGCCGAGACCUUCAGCACCCGCACCUGUAGGGCCCACAAAGCCCCCGGAAAAGCCCCCACCCUGCCACCUUCGGGGGCACUCCGUCCCCCCUUGAUUCCCGAGUUCUCUCCAGGGCGCACAGAGUGGAGGUCGGUUCUGUCUCAGCUGAACUCGGGCGAGGCGCUCAGGUGUGAGCCCAGCCGAACAAAGCCCACGCCCAGCUGGGUCCGUGGGGAGCGCAACGCGCUCACGCCCUCGCGCCGGCCCGCACCUGCGCUCCCGGCCCCGCCAGCCCCGCGGCGUGACACCCCGCGCCUCGGUGUCCACGCCGGGAGCCGCGGCUCCUGCCCCAGAAGCCUCUCCAGGCCCCACUGCCCACAGAGGGACCUCCGGGCAGGGCUUUCCGGAAAGCGGGAGACGGGGGCGCGGGUGCAGAACUUGGCCGCAGACCGGAGGGGGAAGAGGGGAGUUGGCGACAAGGUCCGGCUGCCGCAGAGAGGGCUGGCGGGGCGCUGCCACGCUGCUGUCCCGGUGACAACACAGCAGCCCCCGCGCCUCCUCCGCUCCAGUCGUCCCCCCGAGCAGGACCGAGUACCACCAGCAGACGCGCUAGGAGCUACUCACGUUGUGACGCCGCGCCCACCACUCAGCCCCGGCGCGGCUGCCCAGGACCCUGCAGCGCAGAUGUCGCCGGCUCUGGACCGAGCUGUAGCCUCUGGCAGCUGCGCGCUGUCCUCUGCGCCCGCGCGUCUGAGGCUCCGACUGCGGCGCGCGUCCGCCCGCGCCCCGGGCGAAGCAGUGCUGGCCCAGCGUCGGCGCGCCUCCGCCGCUCCCGCCCCUCCGCCCCCCGCCUGCGUCCUGCUCCGGCUCCUCCGGCUCUCGCUCCGACCGACCCCGCCCGCCACCCGCACUGCUCCCGCCUCCGCCCCUUUGCUCCCGGCCGAGCCCCUCCCCUCUCUGCAGCGGCGACAGCCACUGGGCUCCGGCCGCCCGCGCCCCGGGGGACUGGGUGGCCCCUCACCUGGGCUGCCGCGCUACCGUCAACCAACGUCAUCCUGUGAGCGUGUUCGGCGGGGGUUGUGGGGUUGGGGGUAG